CAAACAGUGAAGCGCAGCACCGACCACGGGACUGCACAAGAUGUCUGCUGAGCUCAUCUCUGCCAGUGGGAACAAUGCAAGUCUUCAAGGCACCACAGUGGGAGGCAGCAAACCUUUACACCGCUUCAUGAAGGGGCAACCCAAGAGUGUUGGCAUCAUUGUGCUGGUCUUGGGCUCAGCUUUCUUCACCGUUUGCAUUGCGAUCCUGCCACACUCUGUUCAACACAUAUCGACAGUUAUCCAGCCUGCCUUCAUUGAGGGAGCACUGUUAAUUCUGUGUGGGAUUCUCUAUAUUGUGACGGAGCACAACCCGACCAAGAAAACAGUAACCAUAUCGUUGGCUCUGAGUAUCGUGACACUGCUGGGGACGUGUUGGUCUAUCCUUAGGAUCAUACCUGACAUAGCGUUCUACCACCACAGCUACUACUACAACAUACACUACGAGUUUCUUGAAGACAAUAUCACAGAGAGUGAAGUAGCAUGGCAAUCACAUCAUGAGGCCAUGGGAAUGUCUAUAGCGGCCAUCUACCUGUUCUACAGUAUUGUGAGCGCAAUUAUUUUGAUUGUAAUGUCGACUCUGGCCGGGUCUGCCCUGCGUUCCACAAAGAGCCAGGCCAUUGUAGUGAUGACCACUACGGCGACUGAAGAACCGGUUGAAUAAGCACAGGAGGAAGUGCGAUAAGCUGAGCAGAGAGAAGAAGUAUGAAGCAUACAAAGACGUAUUUCUCUUCGUGGGCACAACAAAUAUAUGAGUCCUAAAUGUUACCUAUUUUUCACUGGCAAUUUCAGAUAAUAUGUACCGUUUCAAAGUUUGGAAUCACCUUAAUCACCUUUAAUAAUAGCUAUUUUAACAGAUAAGAACAGAAUAAGUACAUACCGGCCCCAAAAGAAGAAUAAGUCAGUGGUUAAAACUUUCACAUAGUUGAUGUCUCAAUGGUUUUGCAUGAUGGAACAGAACAGAGUUGGAGGUCUUUUUUCCUGAUUUUUUUUCCUUAAAUAGACUUCUGCUGUCUUCAAGCAGUGACUGCUGAUCUCUUCUGUUCUUAUCUAAUUGAACUGCUCAGGGGUAUCUUUCUGCCCUCUCAGCCUGCAGUGUGGUUAAGCUCUUGUUCAGCAUUUUGCUCAACAUUAUUAUUUUUUUUGCAAACCCUGCAUACAAAGAUCUAUUUGUACAGAGGACUUUCUACAACCUAAAAACAUUUAAAAAAUCUGCCAUCUGACUGCACCAAAUCUUUUGUGGCUGGUGAUUCCAAACUUUUGAACAGUUGUGUAUGAGUAUUUUUAAAACUUUUUAACCUUUUUUUAAAAAAAAAACAAAAAACAUUUACGGCCAGACAGGACGAUGGCAUUGAACUUUUCCCACAGUGUAGGCAUUUAACUGCUACUCUCUCUGUAGGCUGAGGUUGGCUGACCUGUCUCCACAUUAUGUUUGCACGACUACGCUACAGGACAAAGGUCAAUUUCUCAAAAACAAUCAAGUCAGUCAAGGCCAGGCUUAAAGUGGGAGCUUGCUGGUGCUCUUUUUACAAUAAAUAGGUACCACUUUUUGAUAAAGCACCCCAUAGAACGGGUUCACAAUAUAUUCUGAUUAUGAAUCUUCCAUUAAUAAGAAAAAACUUUUGGAUUGAGAGGCUGGUAUCCUAUACCAGGAUGAUAUUAUUUGCUUUGUCUUCGGUCUGCGGUCGGCUACGAAUACGCAAUAACGAACCAUAGCUGUGCCAGACUACAGCUAAACUAGCCGACCGCCGACUCCAAAUGCCACCAAAGUUGUCUGGGUGAGUAAAUGGUCGUAUUUAAUGCUACAAGUAAGGUCCAGGUUGUAAAAAAUGAAAGUUAUCCUUUAAUGUUCGCAUAUACCUCCUUUUAUUCACCAUUGCCUUCUUAACACAGAGGAGUUACAAAUUCAUCAUACAUACUCAUUUUUAGCACCACAGACGUGACGGGUUAUUGGAAAGUGAGUAUUUAUUAAUGGUUUUCCUCUACUGCAUUGUUACCAAGUGCAAACACAGCCAUGUUGAUUCCGAACCAUUUUAUGAGGAGAGAAUGUUUUUUUAUUAGAGAGUGGAAACAUCUGAAGAUGAAAAUGCAAUGUGAACAAGUCCAACCAUAAACAUGUCGCCUCCGGUACACUGUUCUCUAUGUUUUUACUAUUUGAAGUGGUGAGCACAGUAUGAUGUGAUCCAUUUCCACCUUUCUGUACCGCACUGAAGAGGUUUGGCACAGACAGAGCAGAGCAGGCACAGAAUCUCAUGGCUGCCCUUGAUACUGUUUUUUUUAACUGCCAUGUCAGCUCAUGUUUCAGCAGCAGCACCAUCAAGUACAAACACUAUGACACCCAAUGUGCUGUCCUCGCUUACGGAGGACAGCAUGUGAGACAUACGCUAUCACUAAUAAGUUUUUCCGUUAACAGAGAGAACAGGGAGUGUGGUGUUUUUAAAAUCAUGACAUACAUGCACCCUUUCUGUGCAACUGUCAGCAUGAGCUGCCAAAAAGCAUUUUAGGACAAUAACAGGAAAACUACAACCUAGAACAUGUCUGUCUUAAAAGUGUGUACAAAAGGGUCAGGAGUAAGAGCAGUUCUAGGUACUGAAUUUUCUUAAUGGUUAAGUAUUUCACAUUUUCACUUUGAGUACAGAAUAACACAAAUCACACGACAAUCAAACCCAUACAACGUGGCUUCUUUUGUAACAGCAAACAUCAUAUUCAAAUUUGUAUUAUUUAAAACAGUUGUCGUGACAAUCUGAAAACUUGUUCCUCUGUCACUGUCACAAAAUAAGCGUCUGUUAUUCAUCUCUAAUCUGAAUCUCCUCUACAUUACACAGCCUGUAGUAUCUCAUCAACAAAAGGAAACAAUGACAUGCAUAAAUAAAGGAAUGGAAAUUCUGUUAAAUAAUGUCUUUAUAAUUUGAUUAUCACAACUGUCAUUAAUUACACUUCAUGAAAACAAAGAGUUUGAUGUCCUGCACAGUUUAAACAGGGAAUAUGAGUCACAUUAAUGACACAUGUGACAGACGACCCUUUUACAAAACCUUUUGUUGUUUAGAGCUGCAGCUUUUAGACUGUCUGCUAAAGAAAACCUCAUGAUUACAAUGUAGUACCUGCUGAAAACACAGUCUGUAGAGCAACUAGUGGAAUGGAGUCAGAACCUCGAUCUGGCAAAAAAUUAGCUACCAAUAGUGAGAAAACACACGGUGGCAACAGUGCUAUUGGUAUCACCUUUUACGUUUACAUAUGGCCUAUUCACACAUGCAGCAGACGCAGAGCCACCUAAAACCUGCAAUAACUGAUUUUUUUACAUUGACAUGGUGAGCUUGUAGACAGACAGUUGCUGGCUUAAACAUCCAGCAGACACAGAAACAUUAUCGUGAGUGAAGCAAACCAGUAGCGCCGCCGACUGGAAAACUAAAACGAUGAGCUACAGAUCUCAGAGAAGUGUCAGGUGAUGAUGAUAAUCACCUGUGGUUUCAUCACUAUGUGUUCCAUUGUUAACCGAAAAUAUGGGAU